AUAGAAAUAAAGAAAGAUAGCUGCUUUGACCCUUAAUUACUACACCUUUCUUCUUCUUUUUCUUCUUCUUCCUUACUGAUUUUGAGGGAUCUAUCUCUAUCCUAUUCCUGUUCGGCUUCUGUACUCUUCUCCCAGGAACAAGAUCUCCGUCAUUCUUGGGAAAGCUCCAACCAGAGGCUUUCUUGAGGUCAACAGCAUCAGGGUCUGGUGAAUUGUCAAGGGAAGCAACUCAUUUUUCAGGUCGUUUAUGCAAUAAAAUUGGAGGUGCUACUUUUGGGUGGAAAUCUUCAAUUGUCGCCUGUGUUGGCUUCUUUGCUGUUCUAAGUUGGGAUUAUGAUCACAUUGGAGAAGAGGGCUUUGCUUCCUGGCGCUCCUUGAAUUGUGAUGUGAUGGCAAUAGACAUAGUCUCCAGCGCCUCGGCUGUUCCAGCUUCGGAACUACUUUCUCAGACUAUAGAGGGUAUUCUUGAGAUCAUAGUUUCUGCAAACAAUGUUCUUUUCAAGAAGGAGAGUUUCAGUCAACUUGCAGCUUAUUUGGACAGGAUUGUCCCAGUUUUAAAGGAGCUAAGGAGAAAGGGAGCCAGUAAUUCUGAGAGCUUAAACAAUGCUAUUGAGGCUCUCAAUCGAGAAAUAAAAGCUGCUAAGCAACUGACUUUGGAAUGCACCAAGAGAAACAAAGUAUAUCUCUUGAUGAAUUGUCGUGCCAUAGAUAAGCACCUCGAGGAUGCCACCAGAGAGAUAAGCCGGGCUCUUAGUCUUUUUCCAUUAACCUCGUUGGAUCUUUCUUCUAGUAUAAUUGAGGAGAUUGGAGAAGUCCAAGACAGCAUGCAGAGGGCUGAGUUCAGGGCAGCUAUAGCAGAAGAGCAGAUAAUGGAUAAAAUUGAGUCUGGAAUACAGGAGAGAAAUGUUGAUCGCUCUUAUGCAAAUAAUUUGCUGGUUCUCAUUGCAGAAGCUGUUGGAAUACCUAAUGAGAGGUCAGCUUUGAAAAAGGAAUUUGAAGAUUUCAAAAGUGAGAUUGAAAAUGCGAGGCUGAGGAAGGACAUGGCUGAAGCAAUACAAAUGGAUCAGAUAAUUUCUUUGUUAGAAAGAGCUGAUGCUGCUUCAUCUCCUAAGGAGAGAGAGAUCAAGUAUUUCACCAAGCGGAAUUCCUUAGGUAGUCAACCACUGGAGCCUCUCCAAUCAUUUUAUUGCCCAAUCACUAGGGAUGUAAUGAUGGAUCCUGUGGAGACUUCUUCAGGACAAACAUUUGAGAGAAGUGCAAUUGAAAAGUGGUUUGCAGAGGGAAACAACCUCUGUCCUCUGACCAUGACCCCUCUAGAUACCUCAGUCCUACGGCCUAAUAAAAAAUUGAGACAAUCAAUAGAAGAAUGGAGGGACCGGAAUACCAUGAUAACAAUUGCUUCCAUGAAAGAAAAACUCAUGUCUGGAGAAGAGGAAGAAGAAGAAGAGGUGCUUCAUUGUCUUGAGCAGCUAAUGGAACUCUGUAAACAAAGAGACGCGCACCGAGAAUGGGUGGUAUUGGAGAACUACAUACCAAUUCUUAUUCAACUUCUUGCUUCCAGAAAUCGUGACCUAAGGAAUCAAGUGCUUGCCAUCCUUCACUAUUUGUCAAAAGAUAGUGAUGAUGCUAAGGAAAGAGUUGCAAAAGUUGACAAUGCAAUUGAUUCUAUUGUUCGAUCUCUGGGGCGCCGUGUUGAAGAAAGGAGGCUAGCUGUGACAUUGCUAUUGGAACUAUCAAAAUGUGAUUUGCUACGAGAUUGCAUUGGGAAAGUUCAGGGUUGCAUCCUUCUCUUGGUGACAAUGUCGAGUGGUGAUGACAAUCAAUCUGCCAGAGAUGCAGAGGAGCUAUUGGAAAUUCUUUCAUUCUCUGAUCUUAACAUUAUACAAAUGGCAAGGGCAAAUUAUUUUAAACAUUUGCUUCAGCGUCUCUUUGAAGGGUCAGAAGAUAUAAAAAUGACAAUGGCAACAACUUUGUCAGAUAUGGAGUUGACUGACCACAAUAAGGUGGUUCUUCUUGAAGGAGGGGUAUUGGCCCCACUUCUCCACUUAGUCUCACAUGGUGAUAUUGAGAUGAAAACAGUUGCUGUUAGAGCUCUUCGAAAUCUCUCAAGUGUACCAAGAAAUGGCUUGCAGAUGAUUAGAGAAGGUGUGGUAGAACCCCUACUUGACCUUCUCCUCCGUCACAGUUCAUCAUCAAGCUUGAGAGGACAGGUAGCAGCCACAAUUAUGCAUCUUGCAUUAUCCACUGCGUCACAAGACUGCAGUGAGACACCAAUCACUUUGUUGGAACCAGAAGAGGAUAUUUUCAGGCUGUUCUCUUUGAUUACCCUGACUGGACCAGAAAUCCAACAAAGCAUUCUCCAGAUCUUUCUAGCCUUGUGCCAAUCCCCUUCUGCAGCAGAUAUCAAGACGAAGCUAACACAGUGCUCAGCUAUACAAGUACUAGUUCAGUUAUGUGAGCAUAAUGACAAAAAGAUACGGUCAAAUGCUGUGAAGUUGCUCUGUUGCUUGGUGAAGGAUGGUGACGAAGCCACUAUCCUAGAGCUUGUGGGUCAGAAAUGGCUUGAAACUCUAUUGAGAAUCAUCCAAACUUCUGAUGAUGAAGAAGAGACCACUUCUGCUUUGGGCAUUAUUUCUGACCUUCCUGAAAACCCUCCGAUCACUGAGUGGCUACUGGGUGCUGGUGGGAUUCCGAUAAUAGUCAGUUUUCUUCAGAGAGGCAGGCAUAAUGAUUCCCACAAAGUGCCGUUAUUAGAAAAUGCUGUUGGGGCUAUAUGUCGUUUCACUGAUCCAAUAAAUUUGGAAUGGCAAAAGAGAGCAGCUGAAGCUGAUAUUAUCCCAGUACUGGUUCACUUGCUGGAUUAUGGUACUGCCUUGACCAAAAAGUAUGCAGCCAUCUCUCUUUGUCGUUUUUCACAGAGUUCACCAAGGCUGAGCCAUUCAGGACCAAAGCGGAAAGGGUUCUGGUGCUUAUCAGCUCCACCAGAAACUAGCUGCCCGGUUCAUGGUGGAAUCUGCUCUAUUGAAUCAUCAUUUUGCCUUGUGGAGGCUGAUGCAGUAAGACCCCUUGUAAGGGCUCUUGGAGAAUCAGAUCCUCAAGCGUGUGAGGCUUCUUUAGAUGCACUUUUGACUUUAAUUGAAGGUGAAAGACUGCAAAGUGGUAGUAAGGUACUUGCAGAAGCAAAUGCCAUACAGCCAAUGAUAAAGUUCCUUGGUUCACCCUCCCUCAUGCUCCAGGAAAAGAGUCUAAGUGCUUUAGAAAGGAUUUUCCGGCUGCCAGAGUACAAACAGAAGUAUGGACCCUCUGCUCAAAUGCCUCUGGUGGAUUUGACACAACGAGGCAACAGUAGCAUGAAAUCUCUUUCGGCAAGAAUACUUGCUCACUUGAAUGUUCUUCAUGAUCAGUCUUCAUAUUUCUGAGAAUUCAAUGAAUUUCUAUCCUCUUGUGCAUAUGAAAUUCACUUUUGCUAAGUGCUAACUAUGCAUAGAACUAGCGCUGGAGGGAGGGAUUUUACUAUUAGAACUGGCUCAUAUUAUAAGUGCCACAGCAUUUGUUAUGUCUGUACAGUCUAGCUCAAGCCAUACUGAUGAUCAUUUUUAUAUUUUUUAAGAAUUAAAUUCUUUUCUUUUCCCAUUUUUGCUUUUCUUUGCCAAGUUCUUCCUUUUGUCAUGGAUUCUAUUGUAAACUGGAGUUUCCACUUGCUCCUAUAAUGCAAAAGCCAAAAGCACAAUAAAAUCAUGUUUAUUUU